AUGGACGACCACUCCCAAUCCAUCACCGCUCUCAAAUCAGCUUUCAUCCGCUCCCAAGUCCGCCAUCUGUCCACCCCGCUCGAAGCGUCGACGCCAUGGCGCGAAUUCGCAACGAGAGUUGGGAACGAGGGCGGUGGUGUGGGAAGUCAUCUCAGCGAUAAAGUGAUAGAACAUAUCGUUUCAAAAGUGAACGAGAAAAUCAAACACCAUAACCGCAUGCUCUAUUCGCAGCAAUCGCAGCGUCAUGUCGCCGAGCAGAUCGAGACGUUAUAUUGGAAUAUUCUCUCCACAGAGAGACAAAGAGCGGAAGAGCAAGAGCGAGAAAAUGAACUGGAACCAGAUGCGGUCGUGAUCAGAGCGGAGACCGACUUGACAGAUACAAACGCCAUUGAGGAUCUACUGCCGGAACAAUACGACGAGUUGUUUCUCAGGCCAGACCAGCAGCGCGAGGACGAGACGGUGGACCAAGACACUAUCUACACCGAUCUGCGUGCGGAGUUGCUGGAGCUGAGUCACGAGCGGGAUGCGCUGAGAGAAAAGGCGGCGCGGUAUCGGCAUUUACGGAAAAUGCUGGCGCCGUUGGAGGAGCCGCAGACGAAUGUUCAGCCGAACCUGGUCACGAGGGAUGGAGAGUUGGCCAAGGAGCUGGAUCGAAUGAGGAUCUUGCUGGCGAGGGUUACUGGGAGGAUUGGGGAGAUGAAGAACAUAUCGGGGACGAGAGUGGAAGAGACGCAAUCAGAAAAUACAUCACGGUUGAUAUCAGGACAGACGGACCGGCAGAAACUGGCAAUGGUGAUGGACAUGGACAUGACUUGA